AUGCUGCACCGCGGUGGUUCUGCGGAGAUCGUCUCUCGAUUGAUUGAAGCCGAAGCAGAUGUGAAUGAUCGGUUCACCACUCCUGUUUGCAGCGUGCUGGGAGUGAUGCUCAGGACACUGAGCCUCCGGCAUGCGUGGAGGACAUCGGCCCUGAGUGCUUAUGCCUACCAUCAUUUUGGAGCCACGCCUCUGAUGUCCAGCAUCCUUACUGGCACCUUUGAGGUCACCGCAAUUCUUUUGGGCACCGGUGCGAGCACAGAGCUACGAAAUGCACGCGGGCGUACGGCCUGGGAUCUUGCGGUGGAGACUGCAGCACCGGACUACGUCGUCUCGGCGCUGGAGGGGAAGGGAGAUGCCUACGACAGCCUCGUCCUUGCCUUCGCGGACAUCGUCCGAGAGAUUGGCUUCAUCUCAGAAGAGCUCUGA